ACUUAUCUUCUUCCCUCCUGGUGUUUUUAUAGAGAGGGGCUUAUCCAAAUACCCGAAUGCAAUGAGAGAUGGCUCUCCACCUUCUCUCUCCUCUCUCUAUAUUUUCUCCGUCUUCUUCUUCUUCUUCUACUUCUCUAUCAUUGGCUAUUUCUCCUCAUCCAUCCUGCUUCUGGAUUUCGCAUUGGCUUGUAGUCUCCAGGUUGCCAAGGAAAAACCUGAAUUUGCAACCAAGGUCUUCUGAUGGAGUGCGGUUUCAUACUCCAAUUGCUUCUCGAGAAAGACUGGCUGUGAUUGUUCGGGCUUCACCGGACGUGGAUGGAAAGGAUUCAGAAAGCAAAGAAACGCCCGCAGAGGCAUCUGGAGAGAUAGUCUCGAUUGAAAAUCUUCCCCUGGAAUCCAAGCAGCAGAUGAUGCUUGAACAGAAGCUGAGAAUGAAGUUGGCCAAGAAGAUAAGGCUGCGGAGGAAGCGGCUUGUCCGCAAGCGGAGGAUGAGGAAGAAGGGCAGAUGGCCACCUUCCAAGAUGAAGAAGAACAAGAACGUCUGAUGGGCAACAAGUUCAAGAAGCCUUUCAGGUUUAGAGCUGGCUCUAUUUCUGAUUUUUCUUUUGCAUUCAAUGUUUCCUGAUUUUGGAUUAAUCAGCAUUUGAAUAUAUGUUUUUGCUUGUUGGGUCAAAUUCAA